AGAAGUCUUUCGUGAUUAAGAGAGCUAGUCGAAGAAUAAAAGACGAAAUCUCACUCAGUGAAGGAACAAUGACAAGAGAGCCAGAGCAGAGAAAGAAAAAGUGUGUCACCUUCAACAAAGAAGUACAUUACAGUACUGAUGAGAAGCCUUUUUGCAGCGGCAUACGACCACCUGGAGAGCUGAAAUCAAUCCUUAAGAAGUCUAUUCAUAUCAGUGUAGAUAAUGGAAGAAAUCAAGACCAAAUCUCACUAGGGUUUUCUGAAAACCCUCAUGUUACAACAGAGGACAAGGCCACCACCACUGCCAUUAAGGAGGAUAUUGACAACUCUUCCUCCAGGUACACGAUCAUACAGAAACAAAUUUUGUAUUCCAAGAAGAGCGCUGCAGUGAAGAAACGGGACCAAGCAGGUCUUAGCAAAUCAGUGCUAGACCUAAAUACUCUGGGAGAGGCACUGCCUGAGUUCUCUAGAAAGAAAUCAUGCUUAAUGGUUAAAACAAAGAAGGGAGAAGGUUUCCUUCCUCCACCUAAUGUGCAUGACAUCGUGCGCCAGCUUCCUGCCCAUGCCAAUGCGACAUCAACUUCUCGUGUUAGUGAAAAAGGUGACGAUCGUCAGUCAACUGAGGAAACCACUGUUAACACCACCAGCGCGGAUAACACACAUUCUCUAGGUGACGCGUUGGACCCUCAGAAUGCUUGUAUGUGGGUUGUUGCUUCAAGUCCCGCUGAAUGCACCAGCUAUGCAGGAAAUACUCACUCCGAGGUUUUUUCAAUUUGGGCAGCAACCACAUCAUUGCUCCUCCUAACAUCGUCAUUAUGGUUGCUGAAGGUGGUGGCUUUGGUGAUGACGUGGGUAUGGAACCUAAUUUAGAAAUCCUGCACAGUUAAAGUUACAAGGAGCUUAACAAAUUUCUGCUGAAGAACCUAUGAGGAGCUCCUGUCAUCACGUGACAAUCUGUCAGAAAUAUUUUUUGAGGUUUUCUUUCAUUUUAUUGUUUUAAGAAUAUUUUCAGUUUACUCUUUGACAUUUUAAUGUAUGUAAUUUAGUUUCUGCUGAAGAACCUAUGAGGAUCUCCUGUCAUCAAGUGACAAACUGUCAGAAACAUUUUUUGAGGUUUUCUUUCAUUUUAUUGUUUUAAGAAUAUUUUCAGUUUACUCUUUGACAUUUUAAUGUAUGUAAUUCAGAUCAUCCAUGUUGCUCAUAUCUUCCCCAUCUCUGUCCUCUGCCUCCAUCCCAUCCCCUAACUUGUCCUCAUCCCAUUUUUGUGUCAUUUAUCUUAAGGAGUAUGACUUCCAGUAGGAUCCCCACAGCCAAGUGCAUGUGGACAUUAUCAGUUGGACUAAGUGAGGUAUUAAAAUAGGGAGGGAGACAUAACAUCCAUCUUUCACCACUUUUGAAGAUAAAUUACAUAUAGUGUUUUGUUCCUUGAAUUACUGGCCAGGCAUUGAAACAUUAAAUCUUAUCUGAUUCUACAGACCUUAUUAUGCUUUCAGAACAUGUAAAGCUUGCUAAACUUUCAUUCACCAAUUAAACAUGUACUGUACAUGCAUCCCCAGAGAGAUGGCACAACUCAAGGGGAUGCACAAUUCAAUAGGAAUUUGACUUUCUCUAGUGGAACAGACUGAUAAAUUCUGAAAGAUAAACAAAAAUACUUUGCUACUUGGGCUUUCUCCCUUAGUCCUUGAUCAGAGGUCUCCUAGUUGUGUGCAAUUCUGAGGAGGUUAAGGAGCUGUAAAGGAGAGUUGAAAGGAGCAAAGGGUCAAAAGUAUUUCCAUAGGUCAAUAAAUUCAUUAUUCUGCCAUCCGAUAAAAUAUUGAAAUCAAUUUCUGCCUAGAAUGAAUUUCAUGAGAUUUCCAGAAAAUGAGUAGAGUUGUUCAUUUUUAACAAAAGAUGACAAAUAUUAGAUGCCGAGUUUGCCACAUCUAUAUGAAUACAAAUAUAGAUAUGUAUGGGUUCCUUGGCACCCUAUUGUUCAACAUUCUGGAAUGAAAAAUUCCAUUGAGAAUUGUUGAGGUUAAGAGGCCCAGCUAGGGAUAGAAUAAAAGAAUCAACAUGGCAUAUGUGUGUGUGGGUUUAUAUAUGUAUAUAAGUACAAUUAAAAUACUGGUCUUUUAAAUGAGUUCAAUUUUAUUCAGGAUGCAUGAUUUUAAAACUGUGUUUUUGAGGAAGCACUGGAGUAUACUGCAGGGGAGGAAAGAAUACUAUCAAAAUAUAUCAAAAAAUAAAUUAUAAUGUAUUUCUGGUAGCAUAUAGUAAUCCAGUUCCCUCUUAGUUCACCUCCUUUUGUAGUAUUCUAAAAAACCUACUAACCUGUUGUACAUUAUUUUGAAAGAUUAAAGAUAUAAGACACCUUUAAAAAUGAUGUUAUUAUGAAGUUAUUACAUUGGCUUUCAAGUGACAAUCUGUCAGAAAUAUUUUAUAAAAUUUAGAUA